GAAGACCAAACUUCUGAUGACCGUCUUCGGAGCAGCGCAAGCGGCGAUGUAUGCGCGGGUUCCCAACGACAACGCGACGUCCAUCAACGAUUGUUUCUCAGGCUGUAGCGCUCCACGCACUACAUUCUUCGCUAACCUUGUAUUGUGCUCAUUGUUCUGUCAGAAGAUUGGCUGCGAUCUCUUCAGCUACGAAAAUGGUGAGUGCCGGUCUGCCACGGCCGCCAUGCCUACGAACGUCACCGCCGUUUUCAAGCCGAGGGUCAGCAGGGGCAGCAGGGAGGUGGCGCGGGGCAAACGCGUCUCAGCAACGCCUCAAUAUUGGCUAUUUUAUGCAGAAUACUUGGUUGAUGGAAAUAACAGCACCUUUUACCACUCCACAAAUGUACCCAACGCCUGGAUCAUGGUGGACCUGGGAGCUUGCUUUCCAGUCAGCAAAGUUCGUCUGUUGCCCAACGCGGAAAGUCACUACUACAGAUUCGUAGAUACUCAGGUUCUGCUCGGUGACGCAUCGCCCCUGACACCUGGCAACUUCAGCAACUUCGACGUCGUAGGCACCAUCAAGGGGCCGGUGCCGUGGGUGCCGAAUUGGAUCGAGUUCGUCCUGCCACAGCCGCGCUGCACCCGCUACGUGACCAUCUACAAAGACGUCCCUACCACAGGCGAAGGGGCGUUAAUGGAAGUCCGUGAGCUGGAAGUUUGGACAAAUGAGUAGAUUCGAAAAAACUUGAUGCUUGGUCACGGAAAUACAUACACUAGUAUUUUGUGCGAGUUUUACAUUUGGAGGUGCAGAAAGGAGUCAUUUCACGGUUAAAAUAGUCGUUAUCGUUUGUGAAUGCACCGUUGCGUUCGGCUGCGUUUCAAUUUAGUUAAGUAUUUUCUUUACAAUCCUUGCCAUUUAGUGACGCUAUUGAAGAUUUAUUAGUGAAUCCAGAACGUUUUUAUUUGCUGUGUCAUUUAUAAGAGUGCAAAUACAUUAGUACAGGAAGAAAAACCUAACUACUUUCCUUUCGAGAUUUUUUUGGGUUUCGUGGAGUGUAUACUAGGUAUUGCAUACUCGGUAUAACUGAAGAAUAUGGGUGAUCAUGUCAGUGCCAUGUUAUGCACCGUACAAAUGAGUGAGUCAUUUAACAAAAACCUAUAGUUUUAUUAGACACUAUAUACGAGUACGGCGGACGUUGCCCUGAUGCUCCCAUUUACUUCGCCCAAACUAUGACAGGAUGACCCACUGAAGAAACAAAUGAUUGAAAAUAUUGCAUUUCU